UAGAGAAAGAUGAUAUUGUUGCACUCGCCCUGGUGAAGGUCAAUACCGUCACUGGUCAAAUAGCUAGCAGUGCAGCCCGCCGAAGCAAUUUCAAGGCGCGUGCGACUCGUAUGGGUUAUAAAGCUAGGAUGCUCAUGCGUCCAUGCAAGACCCGUUGGAAUAGCCACUAUGCAAGUUGAAAGGUAGCAUGCAAGGCCCAUGAGGUAAUCAACUCAAUGCUUGCAGCCAAUUGCAAGGCUUUGUUUUUUAAGGGUGUAACAAUUUCACCAGCAGAAUGGCAUGUGGUCGAAUUGGUGAAUAAAGUAUUGAAGACCUUUGUAGAUGCUACCUCUCGUGUUGAAGGAAAUGGUCCUACUGGGUGUACGGUUCUUGCAGAAUACAAACGGGUAAUCUCAGAGCUGAAAGCUCUCAAUCCAAAUCACAAGAUUAUUCAAGCCUGGACAAAGCAAUCAGCAAAAUGAUCAAAUGGCUCAUCAAGUACCAGGAAGAAGCCGUGGAAUGUGAAAGUAUAGUAUUAGCCACCAUCCUCAACCCCUGACUUUGAGGAAAAUUCUUUUCAUUACAUUACCCCGAGCAAGAUGAAUCUGUGAAUACGGCCAUUGAGAAUGCAUUCAACUCUUUACUGG